AAAGCCGUCGCUAUACGAGGAUGGCUUAUAGCGAUGGCUUUGCAGCCGUCUCUGGCACGCACAUAUAAUAGAGCCUCACAGGGAUGAGAGUCCCUAUUCCCCCCCUCUCUCUCUCUCUCUCCCUCUGCAAGAUAGGAAUCAAUCGUCCCGCCAUUUUCGCCUCUCUCUGUAUCAGACUUUUGUUUGGAUCUUUACAUAUCUUGCACAGUUCUUCCAUCAGUUCUUGGUCAAUUCUUGCACAAAUUCUUCUCUUUCCUUUUUCUUUUUUUUUUUGGUGGUGGUGGGGAGCCGGGCACCGAGCAUUCAGUUAUGGUUCGCCUUUCUGAUUUCUUCGAUCUGAUUUUAUGUAUCCUGAUGGUAACCGUAGCUGCGGUGUCCGUCUAUGCCGAUCUGUCAUAAAGCUUAUUAGUUACGAGAUUUAAUUUGUUCCCCGCACGUUACACCAACAUUCAUUCAUUCAUUCUUCGAACCGAACCGAACCCCGCUUUUUCUCCAAUUGGUCCGUGUGUCGGGCAAGGACCAUACACAGAUCUCAUAUUCUUUCUUAUUUAUAUCUUUGCAUAUGAUUUUCAAUUUCAUCCACCAACAUCAAGGCUGUAUAUAAUACUCCCCGUUCUUAAAUUCUGCAUUUCUGGUUACAAUCGGAGCAGUUCUUUUCCCUCGAGGGCAGCAUCUCUUGCGUCGAAAGGAAAGCCCCUCUUUGAAUCUACACUAAAGAAACCUCCUUUUCCCAUCAAAACUUGAUGUGACCCAACUCUUCUUUCUUUCUGUCUUCCACACGGUUUCUUCGAGAUUAGCUCAGAUGCCACUCGAACGACAAAAUUAAAGCCCACAUUCGCAAAAAAGGGCGAGAAAGGACAGUUCAAGAAAACCCGCAGGGCUUCUCUCUCUCUCUCUCUCUCCGGAUCUGCAAAGAUAAUGAAGAGUCAACAGAACCAAAAUCUGCCGACUUCGAUGUUCAAGCCCUUCUAUUCACACCUCCAGUUCACCAACGCCCUCUCCUGCAUCAUCAUCUUCGGGUGCGGCUUAACCCUAGGAAUAGUCCUCACUUUCCAUCUCCAGAACCUGUCCUUCAACCUCGACUUCACCCGGCUCGACUUCUCGCCAACGCAGUCGCUACAGCCGCCGCCGCCGGCCCCUCAGCCAGCCCCACCGGCCAUCCGUGUGGGGCUGGCGGAGUACCUGAAACCGGCGCCGGUCACGCACGACAUGGAGGACGACGAGCUGCUGUGGAGGGCGUCGAUGAGCCCGCGGAUUCGCGAGUACCCGUUCGAGAGGACGCCCAAGGUCGCGUUCCUGUUCUUGGCCAAGGGUCCUGUUCCAUUGGCUCCUCUGUGGGAGAAAUUCUUCAAGGGGCAGGAAGGGCUGUACUCGGUGUACGUGCACUCGAACCCGCCGUGGAACGAGACGGAGCCGGAAGACUCGGUGUUUCACGGCAGAAGAAUUCCCAGUAAGGGAGUUUCAUGGGGAAACGUCAACAUGAUCGAGGCUGAGCGGCGCCUCCUCGCCAACGCCCUCCUCGACGUUGCGAAUGAGCGCUUCGUCCUGGUCUCCGAGACUUGCAUCCCGCUCUUCAACUUCUCCACCGUCUACUCCUACCUCGUCAACUCCACCCAAACCUUCGUCCAGUCCUACGACCUGCCAGGCCCCGUCGGCCGCGGCCGCUACAGCUCCGGGAUGUUCCCGCACAUCAAGAUCCACCACUGGCGGAAGGGGGCGCAGUGGUUCGAGAUGGACCGGAGGCUCGCCAUCGAGGUGGUAUCCGACCGGACCUACUUCCCUCUGUUCCAGAGGCACUGCCGGCACAACUGCUACGCCGACGAGCACUACCUGCCAACCCUCGUGAACAUGAAGUUCGGGGCGAGCAACUCGAACCGGACGCUGACCUGGGUCGACUGGUCGAAGGGCGGGCCCCACCCGAACCGGUUCGUGAGGAACGAGAUCACCGUCGAGUUCCUGGAGCGGCUGAGGGACGGGAACGGGAUGCGGUGCGAGUACAACGGGAAGGCGACGAGCGUGUGCUACUUGUUCGCGAGGAAGUUCUUGCCCAGCUCCUUGGAUCGGCUGUUGAGGUUUGCGCCCAAGGUGAUGCACUUCAAUUAGGUGGAUCAUCUCCCAAGAAAAUAAGAAGGAAAAAAAAAAGGAGCGAAAGAAUCAUUCAUUUUUCGUUCAUAUUCUUUUCUCUGGCAAUGAUACAUAGGGUAAAGGAUCUAGUUCUAGUUGACCUUGCCAAAGUUCUACCCUUUUUUUUCCCCACUAUACUUACAUUUUGAAACAUUGUACAACAUUGUAAACCAUCGACCAUGUAUAGAACGAAGAGGUUCGAACGUAACAAUCAAGUUUUCUGCCAAA